GGUGGUAAGAGGAAAAUUCCAGGUUGAUUGAGCUUGAUUUCUCGUGCUGCUCGGAUGUCGUACUCUGUAGAUAGCAAAUCGGCUCAGGAGGUCAUUAGUUUUUUGCAAAUUAUUGGAAAACUGAAGGAUACCCCCCGCACAGGGUGGGUGAACAAUGACAUUCGCAACCCGGAGUCCGUUAGCGAUCACAUGUAUCGCAUGUCCCUCAUGUGCAUGAUGUGCCCUGACACCUCACUGGAUAAAACGCGGAUGAUAAAGAUGGCGCUUUGCCACGACGCGGGCGAGAGCAUUGUCGGCGAUAUAACCCCGUUCUCUAAAAUAUCUAAACAGGAAAAGCAAGUGAUGGAGCUAGAGGCGGUGCAGCAGCUGAGCGCGUUGGCGUCCUCGUCAGGGUGUGCGUCUUUCAGCAAAGAACUUCAUGAUCUGUUUCGUGAGUAUGAGGAUCAGAAGACGCCGGAGUCGAUUUUUGUUAGAGAUAUGGAUUUAUUGGAGAUGAUUAUCCAAGCGCACUCCUACGAAGGGCUUCAACCAAAGAAGGACUUGGGCUCAUUUUUUGAAUCCGGUGAAAAAAUACAGCACCCAUGGGCGAAAGCCAUCUUCGAGAGGUUGAAGAACACAAGACCGUUUUUGAGCCAGCAGCAAUCAUCUAACAUUUAAUAAGGGUAGUGAUCUAUCCUUGCUAUGGACUUUAUGGGUCAAAUGGGGAAGAUAAAUCCUUUGGUUUAUAUUUUCUUUAGUCACUGAUGUGCUUCAUCUGAUACGGUCUAGAAUACUGGUUUAGGGAUCCAAUAAUAGAUGUGUUUGAGGAAAAAUUCAUUAUGCCAUAGCUAAAUAUUGCUCCUGUUAUCAUCAAAGGUCCACAAUCUUGACGGUCUUUUAUAUUUACACACGUAUAUCCUUAAAGGAGGCUAAACUAAUGUUUUUUUGUAUUUCA